CCACCUGACACGUGGUCACAGUCACACGACUCGACGCAUUACAAAAGGGCAACCACGUUAGUAGCAGCGAUCAACGGAGCACAGACAGCAUCACGUACACUGAGAGCGUGGCUAGCUAGCUAAACUCGUGAAGAUUUUGUCGCCUGCUUCAGUCUUCGGAACUCGCGAUCUUGGACUACUCGCACACCUGAUCAAAGCUAGUUAAACUUGUGCUGCUCGAUCGAUCCGCCGUCGUUUCUUGCUUCUUCACUCAGCACGCGCACGUCGCGCGCCAUGCUGUCCACCGCCCGCACGACGUGGUCGCCGGCGUGCGCUGGCCGGCGCCGGCCGUGCUCUGACGCGUCGAGGCGUGCGUCGGUCUUCCUGCCCGGCGGUGUCCACGCUCCGUGGCCGCGCUCUCACUCUGUGGCAGCGCGCGUCGCCAGCUCCUCGACCAACCCCGCAGGCUGCCUCGAGGCGGCCGCGCCGUGGAGUGGCAUCGCGCGGCCCGCGCCGCCGAUCAUGGACAUCGACCUCGCUGCCCCGGCCGUUUCGUCCGAGGAGAGGGUGCGUCAGCUAGUGAUGAAGCAGGCGGGUCUUGCAGCGGCCGCCGCGGCGAGGACGCCCAGGAUGGCGCAGCUCGCCGGGCGGGACGCCGGCGCGCUGGACGUGGCGUUCGACCGCUGCGGCGCGGUGUGCAAGGAGUACGCCAAGACGUUCUACCUCGCGACGCAGCUGAUGACGCCGGAGAGGAGGCGCGCGAUCUGGGCGAUAUACGUGUGGUGCAGGAGGACGGACGAGCUGGUGGACGGCCCGAACGCGGCGCACACGUCGGCGCUGGCGCUGGACCGGUGGGAGUCGCGCCUCGAGGACGUCUUCGCGGGCCGGCCCUACGACAUGCUCGACGCGGCGCUGGCCGACGCCGUCGCCGCGUUCCCCGCCGUCGACGCCCGGCCGUUCCGGGACAUGAUCGAGGGGAUGCGCAUGGACCUCGCCAGGUCCCGCUACGCCACCUUCGACGACCUCUACCUCUACUGCUACCGCGUGGCCGGCACCGUCGGGCUCAUGACCGUCCCCAUCAUGGGCGUGUCCCCGGACUCUGAAGCCGACCUUGGGACGGUGUACGCCGGCGCGCUCGCCCUCGGCGUCGCCAACCAGCUCACCAACAUCCUCCGAGACGUCGGCGAGGAUGCGAGGAGGGGCAGGAUCUACCUGCCGCAGGACGAGCUCGCCAUGGCCGGCAUCUCCGAGGCCGACAUCUUCGCCGGCCGCGUCACCGACGAGUGGAGGAGCUUCAUGAAGGGACAGAUCGCGAGGGCGAGGACCUACUUCCAACAGGCCGAGCAGGGCGCCGCCGAGCUCAACCAGGAGAGCCGAUGGCCGGUCUGGGCAUCUCUGCUUCUGUACCGGCAGAUCCUGGACGAGAUCGAGGCGAACGACUAUGACAACUUCACCAAAAGGGCCUACGUCCCCAAGGCAAAGAAGCUGGCGGCGCUGCCCAAAGCUUACUUCGAAUCACUCAGGCCUCCUCCUUCUCAGAGGCACUCAUAGUCUGCUCCAGCCCUAACAGUAAUAGGGAUGAAUCACUAGGUAGAUCAGCCUGGUCUAAUUAGUGUCAUUAGUGAACAUAUUUAGUACUCCUGUAGUACGUAGCAGUGAUGUACAGUACAAAAUUCAGGCUGAUGAGGACAUAUCACACAUGACCUGUGUGUGUGGUGUUGCUGUUGGAAACUUGCGAGUUCCUGGAAUGUACAUAGUGCUGCAGAUGAAUUGUAUAUAUGUUAGAGACGAAUGUGUAUAGUGAAGGUGGAAUAAAAACAGAUAAGUGAUGUGGUUAAGUG